UCAGAGUGUGUGCGCUGGGGGCCGGGCAGGGAAGGGAAGGGUGUUUGGAAUGUUACAGGGUAGAAGGAGAGGUGCAGGGAGCAUGAACCGGCUGGGCCGCUGGCCAGCACGGGGCCUACAGAGGCCAGGCAGGGGUGGGGGGGAGCGGAGGAGUCUUGGACUCGGGGUCCACUCCCCAGGCCCCAGGCAUCCCGGCACCCCAACAGCGAAGAGGACAUGGGAGCCCCCUGGUGUGAGGGCCGGAGACUGUCCACCAUCUGUAAGUCUCCUGAGUGGACGUGCUGGGAGGAGGUCUAGAGGUGGCUGGGGACCCCGGGGAAGCCCCUUGGGCUCCCGCACAAGUUGUCUCCGAGAACGGCCUCCCCGUGGGCCGGCCUGCGCUGGGGCCAGAGGCAGCUGAGAGCUGAAGCGUAGCCCGGGGCCUCUCCUUCUCCUGGUGGGGCAUGGACUCUGUCCUCCUCCUGUCCCCACCCCAGUCUGCACCACGCCAGCCCUGGGGGGACGCGGCCUGUACUUGGCCAUGAACUCCCCAGGCUUGAAGCUGCAGGGGCGCCCAGGGAGGGCACUCUGGAACAGAAGCAGAGAAGUGGAAGUUAGUCUCUGGCUGGCCAAGGUCGGGCUGGGCAGGGGAACCUGAGGCCGUCUGUGGGACGUCAUGCAGCCGGGGUCAGCUGGGCACUGCCCCGCAUGUGGGCAGAGGCUGGGCGUGACGAGGACCCAGAGGAGACACACAGCAGGGGAGAGGGGAGUUUGGAAGCUGGGGGAACCCCGGGUGGUCGGCGAAGGCCCAGCCCCUCGCCCACUCCCAGGCCCCAGGGCCUGGGGCCCCCGAGGGGCACGGGCAGGAGGCAUCCGACCCCUGGCGGCGGCAGCGGCAGACACAGGAGGGCAGCGUGCAGCUGGGGUGUGCGUGGGUGGCAGUGAGGAGGGGCGGAGGGAGGAAACUGGCUUCCUGGAGCCUUCUCAGCCCUCAAAGACAGACCGACAGACAGACACACAGCUGGCAAGAGGCAGCCUGGGGGCCACACCUGCUGCAGGCCCUGUCUUGCAGGCAGAGCUCAUGGCUGAGUGAGCCUCCCCUCGGCCCAGCACCCCAGCCCAGCAUGGUCCAGGCCCGUGGGGGGCGCUCCAGAGCACAGCCGCCGACCUCGCCUUCGGGGGCAGCCAUGACCCAGCCUCCGCCCGCCAAAGCGCCGGCCAAGAAGCACGUGCGGCUGCAGGAGAGGCGGGGCUCCAACGUGGCUCUGGUGCUGGACGUGCGGUCCCUGGGGGCCGUGGAGCCCAUCUGCUCCGUGAACACGCCGCGGGAGGUCACCCUGCACUUUCUACGCACAGCCGGACACCCCCUCACCCGCUGGGCUCUGCAACACCAGCCGCCCAGCCCCAAGCAGCUGGAGGAGGAAUUCUUGAAGAUCCCUUCAAACUUUGUCAGCCCCGAAGACCUAGAUAUCCCCGGCCAUGCCUCCAAGGACCGAUACAAGACCAUCUUGCCAAAUCCCCAGAGCCGCGUCUGUCUGGGCCGGGCACAGAGCCAGGAGGAGGGAGACUACAUCAACGCCAACUACAUCCGAGGCCACGACGGGCAGGAGAAGGUCUACAUUGCCACGCAAGGCCCCAUGCCCAACACCGUGUCCGACUUCUGGGAGAUGGUGUGGCAAGAAGAAGUGUCCGUCAUCGUCAUGCUCACUCAGCUCCGAGAGGGCAAGGAGAAAUGCGUCCACUACUGGCCGACCGAAGAGGAAACCUACGGACCCUUCCGGCUGCGCGUCCAGGAGCUGAAGGAGCAUCCAGAAUACACCGUGCGGCAGCUCACCAUCCAGCACCAGGAGGAGUGCCGGUCAGUAAAGCACGUCCUUUUCUCGGCCUGGCCGGACCACCAGACCCCGGAAUCCGCCGGCCCCCUGCUGCGGCUGGUGGCGGAGGUGGAGGAGAGCCCAGAGGCGUCUUCCCACACCAGGCCCAUCGUGGUGCACUGCAGUGCAGGGAUCGGCCGGACUGGCUGCUUCAUCGCGACCCGGAUCGGCUGCCAACAGCUGAAGGCCCGAGGGGAAGUGGACAUUCUGGGCAUCGUGUGCCAACUGCGGCUAGACAGAGGGGGCAUGAUCCAGACCGCAGAGCAGUACCAGUUCCUGCACCACACGCUGGCCCUGUACGCGGCCCAGCUGCCCGGGGAACCCGGCCCCUGACCCCUGCCACCCUCCCCCAGCCCAGGGGCCAACCCCACCUCAGGCCUGGGAAGGUGGGUCCGGGGAAAGCGGGUCGUGUGAUCCGGGCACCCCCUGGCUGGGCGUGGGGCAGGAGUGCCAGCCUAGGGCCGCUCACACUCUCAGGCAGCCGCCUCGGCAAGGACGAGGGGCCAGGCUCCAGUCUUCACCACCGACCACUCCUCUGCUUCCUCUAGUGGCCCCAAAUGGACCACAGGGGGACAUCCCCCACCGUGUCUCUCUGAACUUAAAGAUGGAACUUACAACAGACAAACAAAGCAGCCCGGGCAUCCUGGUCUCCUCAAAUAUGCUGUUUGUGGGCCUCCGUUUCCUCAUCUGGAGCAUGGACAUUGAGUGCUUUGCUGCCGUGAGGGAAGGCAAUCAGAGAAGUCCCUGGACGCCAGUCCAGCUGUCUCCCUUCCUGGGACCGGCAAGAGAAUAAUUCCAAGAUCAUCCUCCAACUGGGCCCAGCCCAAGCACAGGCCGGAUGCAAGAGCGGGGAAAAGUCUGGUCCUGACCUCAAAGUCUCAGCGUCCUAGCAGUGACUCCCUGCCCCCCACCCCACAUGUGUGAGGGCCGGACC